AUGGAUACCUCAUUUGCCGGAUUUACUUUUGGUGCAGAUGAACUGGGAAUCAACGGUAGUUUUAGUGCAUAGAAGCACCCAAGAAUAAGCAAAUGCUCCCCUUUUUAUCGGAUGAAUAAACCCUAAACUGAGUAGAAACCGCGAUUAAGAUUGCACUCUCCCAAUAAGGAAAAUGAGUUAAUGCAAAUUCGCAAGCCGGUUAGAGUAACGACAUCACCUCAUUCUCAGCAUCAUCAGAUGAGUUACAAGGAAAUUUGUGCUCAUUUGAUUUAACUGUUUAAGAGUCAGACUAGAUUAUACGAAUAAUUAAUGAUAGCAGAUAACGUAAAUAUCAGGAAUCAACUUCAAAAAGUCUAACUCAAGCAUGAUUACUACUGCAAAUUGUAUAAUUAAUAAUGA